CACAGCACUUGCUGGCUGUUCUGUUGGGGAUUAAGAUGAGCCCAGAACCAUUGAAGAAACAUGGUCGUGCUGCUGCCUCUGGGGAAAAAAGAUCUAAGAGGAAGCCAAAGAGAAAGGAAACAUUUUCAGUCUACAUUUACAAAGUACUGAAGCAGGUGCACCCCGACCUCGGCAUCUCGUCCAAGGCCAUGAGCAUCAUGAACUCGUUCGUGAGCGACAUGCUGGAGCGGCUGGCGGCCGAGGCGGCGCGCCUGGCGCGCUACGGGCGCCGCGCCACCCUGAGCAGCCGCGAGGUGCAGGCGGCGGCGCGCCUGCUGCUGCCCGGGGAGCUGGCCCGGCACGCCGUGUCCGAGGGCACCAAGGCCGUGGCCAAGUACACCAGCAGCGAGUGACCCGGGCGCGCCGCCUCCUCCUGCGGGAGGGGCCUCGGCUCUUUCUCGGCUGAGAAAGCGGAACCCUCUGUGGUCUGCCUGCAAAUAAAAAAAUGCAUAGAAAUACAGGUCGUGUCUUUAAUCUUGGCAUCGCAAAUUGUGAGACAGUUUAAACUGUGGCCGUGGGGAUUGCUUGGGAGGGCUGGAAGAGCAGCUGCUGUUUGUCAACAACCAUGUGCAACCAGGAGCAGGGGCCACAGGGUGUGCCUGGGCAAAGCUGGGGUCAUUGUGGGAAGCAUAGUGGGUUCUCUGCAGUUCUCCAAACCCCUUACUAUGGCUUUCAGAUUCCUGACAGCUAAAAACCUCUGCUGCCUUUGA